GAGAUAGUGGGAAGAUGCCAGUAAAGCCAGGAACUGGUGGCUUAUGCUGUGUGGCCCGGGAGAGGGUCCUGGUCCGCACAGCUCACCAGUCUCUGCAGCUUUUGGAGUCGAGGCCACACUUGAGGUUGGGUGGGAGGCUCCUCUGGUACACACCCUCUGACCCCAGAUUUUAAACCCUGAAGUCUGUUAAGUACAGAAUUGAGUGUCAUUGCCUGCCCUAAAUAGUCUGCAGUCUUCCAUGGCUGGCGUUCUGGCUGGUGCUGGAGGUUCUCUCAGUGGCUGUCGCUGUAGUGUAAAACGCUGAAGUAGUAGCUAGGAGGCCCCUGGGCUUUGAAGUUUAUCUUACCAUCCUGAAGCGCAUGCUGGGUAGAUGAUAGUUGGCAGGUAAAAAUAACAGAAAGCCUUUGCCGUCAUCGAUUUGUGCAAAAACAGACAAAAUGAUGAUGUUUUCUGAACAGUUUAGUUUAUUUCUUCUUACUUGAUCGUGGGUCUUAGUUCUCUGGUGUUAAGAACAGGAUUGUCCUGAUUGAAGUUGUUACUUGCCAAGCGCUGGGGCUCAUGCCUGUUAUCCUAGCCAGUCUGAGCGAACAGUUCAAGAGAGACCCUAUCUCUUAAAAAAAACAUCACAAAAGAAGGGCUUGUGGAGGGGCUCAAGGUGACAGCCUUAAGUUCAAGCCCCAGUACUGCAAAAAACUGCUGCUCAUUGGACAUACGGUUGCCUGGUAACAGCUGAGGCUGUGUUUGAUGUAGUACUGCGCUCCUCCUGUUGGUACCAUUGCUCCCUGGCCCAGUCCCCUGUUAUUAGAACACUUCAGGUGUGGGUGCGUAACGGCCUGAGCGCCCCCGGAACCUGCCUCAGGCGCAGAGGGGGCAUCCUGCUGCAGUUCCCAAUGUUCCACUUCUUGCUUGGAGUGCCUGUUUCACCUUGCAAUUGCCGUCUGGUAAUUUAGCUUGCUGCUGUCUUUAAACCUGCCUUUGGUUAUUGUUGCGCGGGGAAUGGGUGCUUUGGAACUGGAGGUGUCGAUUCUAGCUCCUUGUUGUGAAAUGAACAUGGUAACUUCGUGCACUGGGCGAGCUCACCUGUGCAGUGGCACAAACCUUGAAGUAAAAUGUCCCGAGUUUUCUUCUUGAUCUGUGACUGUUGUUACAGGCUUGAAAUGGAAUGCCAUACCAUGAAGGCUGGGGUGCGGCUCAGGUGGAGAGGUAGCUGAUGAGAAAGAGGGUGCAAAUGUGAAAUAAGUAAAAGAUCAGUACUGUGGUUACCCCUCCACUUACCAGUCUCCCCUGAAGCUUUGUUUUGAAGCAGAAAUGCAUGGAAAAAUGAGCUGUCUUUCAGAAAACAGUGUAGUCAGUCAAAUAUCAGGACCCCCCAGCUUCAAGACUGCUUUUCUUUUGACUCGCUGUAAACUAAUUGUUUUCUUUUCCAGCUGUUCAGUAUUAACAGCAAAGAUCAAUACAUUAAAAGCAGUAUAGUGAGAGAGCAUUGCUGUGGAAUUAAUUAUUGGCUUGUUUUGAGGUACAGCAGGUCAGAACAGCAAGGACUCAGAUAAACCUAACCCUGCAGUGGAUCUCCAACGAGAAACGCAGGAAGAUUGUAAAGUGCGGCUGGAGUCUGCUUGCAGAGGCAAAGCCAUGUCACAUCUGUUAGACAGUGGCCGGCCAGAAUGAAGGGGAAUGAAGCAGCAGCAGGCAGAUUCAGUUCAUCUUUGAAACUCAUCAGGGAGAACUGAAAUCAGAGCAGGGGACAAAAAGCUGCCGUGAAGAACUAGUGGAUACCAGGCAGCAGAGUGAGGACGCGCACGGUGGGCCUCCCACCCCAGCCUUCCUGCCACAGUCUUGUUACCUGCCAGUGGCUGUACUCUGAGUACUACAUGGAAAAUUCCAGAAAUAACCAGUCUCUAAGUUUUACACUGUGGACAGUUGUGAGUAGCGGGUUGCAGUGGCCCGCCAUUGAGGGUGGGACGUGGAUCAUCUCUUUGUCCUGUACAUGCUGGCGGAUGCAUGGCCCUGGGAGCCCUGGUUAUCACAUCGGCUUGCUUACUGCUUGACCAUGGCGCCAAAGCUCAAGAGUCCCCAUGCUGGCCAUCUGGAGAGGCCAAGGAGAAGCCGGAAGGUGCUUCCUCUCAGUGAAAAGGUGAAAAUUCUCGACUUGGUAAGGAAAGAGCAGAAGUCAUACGCGGAGGUCGCUAAGAUCUAUGGUAAGAAUGAGUCCUCAAUCCGAGAGAUUGUGAAGAAGGAGAAGGAAAUACGUUCCAGCUUUGCUGUGGCCCCUCAGAAUGCCAAGGUCACGGCCACUGUGCGCGACAAGUGCCUGGUGAGGAUGGAGAAGGCCUUGAGUUUGUGGGUGGAGGACAUGAACAGGAAAUGUGUCCCCAUUGAUGGCAGUCUUCUGCGCCAGAAAGCCCUGAGCUUGUACGAGGACUUCAGCAAGGCGUCCCCAGAAAGGAGCGACAGCUUUCCCGAGAGGAAGCCCUUCACGGCGAGUAAGGGCUGGCUGCACAGGUUCAGACACAGGUUUGGGUUGAAACACACAAAAGGGACAGAAGAUGCCUCGUCUGUCCAGGAAGAAGCCACUGACCUUUUGGCAGCAGAGUGGACAAAGUUGGUUAAAGAGAAAGAACGCCAGUCAAAGCCAGGCUUCCGCUGUGCUGAGAGCAGGCAGAAGGGGACCAUGGCCCAAGUAGCGAUGUCCACCCUGCCCGUUGAAGAUGAGGAGUCCUCGGAGAGCAGGAUGGUGGUGACGUUCCUCAUGUCUGCACUGGAGUCCAUGUGCAAGGAGCUGGCCAAGUCCAAGGCCGAAGUGGCCUGCAUUGCGGUGUACGAGACAGACGUGUUCGUCGUGGGGACCGAGAGAGGACGGGCUUUUGUCAACACCAGGAAGGACUUUCAAAAGGAUUUUGUAAAGUACUGCGUGGAGGAGGAUGAAAAGGCUGCCGAGAUGCAGAAGAUGAAGUCUACAACACAGGCGAACCGGCUGAGUGUGGAUGCUGUGGAAAUCGAGACACUGAGAAAAACGGUGGAGGACUACUUCUGCUUCUGCUACGGGAAAGCUCUGGGCAAGUCCACGGUGGUCCCUGUCCCCUACGAGAAGAUGAUGCGAGACCAGUCUGCCGUGGUGGUGCAGGGCCUGCCUGAGGGCGUGGCUUUCAGGCACCCUGAGAAUUACGAUCUUGCCACCCUCAAGUGGAUUUUGGAGAACAAAGCAGGGGUCUCGUUUAUCAUAAAGAGACCUUUCCUGGAGCCGAGGAAACUCCCAGGUGGUCGUGUGAUUGGCACAGAUGCUGACAGGUCCAUGCUGUCUCCAGGCGGAAGUUGUGGCCCCAUCAAAGUGAAGACAGAACCAGCAGAAGAUUCUGGCAUUUCCCUGGAGAUGGCAGCCGUGACUGUAAAGGAAGAGUCAGAAGACCCCGAUUACUAUCAGUACAACAUUCAAGCAGGCCCUUCUGAGACCGACGAGGUCGAUGACAAACUCCCCCUUGCCAAGUCUCUGCAAGGCAGCCACCAUUCUUCAGAGGGCAACGAAGGAGCAGAAGUGGAAGUGCCCGCAGAAGAUUCUACCCAGCAUGCCCCUUCAGAAACAAGUGAGGACCCUGAAGUUGAGGUGACCAUUGAAGAUGACGACUAUUGUCCACCCACCAAGAGACCAAAGAGCAGCGAGCCUCCACAGCCGCCAGUGGCUGAGCCGGCCAACGCAGGCAAGCGCAAAGUGCGGGAGUUCAACUUUGAAAAGUGGAAUGCUCGAAUUACAGACCUACGUAAACAAGUUGAAGAGUUGUUUGAAAGAAAAUACGCUCAAGCUAUAAAAGCCAAAGGUCCUGUGACGAUCCCAUACCCUCUUUUCCAGUCCCAUGUUGAAGAUCUCUAUGUAGAAGGGCUUCCCGAAGGAAUUCCUUUUAGAAGGCCAUCUACAUACGGCAUUCCUCGCCUGGAGAGGAUCUUGCUGGCCAAGGAAAGGAUCCGCUUUGUGAUCAAGAAACAUGAACUUCUCAACUCCACGCGGGAAGACUUACAGCUUGACAAGCCAGCCUCAGGAGUGAAGGAAGAGUGGUAUGCCCGCAUCACCAAGCUGAGGAAAAUGGUGGACCAGCUUUUCUGCAAAAAGUUCGCUGAGGCCUUAGGGAGCACUGAAGCCAAGGCCGUGCCAUACCAAAAAUUCGAGGCGCAUCCGAACGACCUCUAUGUGGAAGGACUCCCCGAGAACAUUCCUUUCAGAAGCCCUUCGUGGUAUGGAAUCCCAAGGCUGGAAAAGAUCAUCCAAGUGGGCAAUCGGAUUAAGUUUGUUAUAAAGAGACCAGAGCUUCUGACGCACAGUACAACAGAAGUCACCCAGCCAAGGACAAACACACCAGUUAAAGAAGAUUGGAAUGUCAGAAUUACCAAGCUACGGAAGCAAGUGGAAGAGAUUUUUAAUUUGAAAUUUGCUCAAGCUCUGGGACUUGGUGAGGCUGUGAAAGUCCCGUAUCCCGUGUUUGAGUCCAAUCCCGAGUUCCUUUACGUGGAAGGACUGCCAGAAGGAAUCCCCUUUCGAAGCCCUACCUGGUUUGGAAUUCCCCGACUGGAAAGGAUUGUCCGUGGAAGUAAUAAAAUCAAGUUUGUUGUUAAAAAACCAGAACUGGUCAUCUCCUACUUGCCUCCUGGAAUGGCUAGCAAAAUCAAUACUAAAGCGUUGCAGUCACCGAAGAGACCACGGAGCCCUGGGAGCAACUCCAAGGUUCCUGAGAUUGAGGUCACCGUGGAAGGCCCCAACAACAACAAUCCUCAGACGUCUGCUGUGCGAACUCCCACCCAGACCAAUGGCUCUAACGUUCCCUUCAAGCCUCGCGGGAGAGAGUUCUCCUUCGAGGCCUGGAAUGCCAAAAUCACCGACUUAAAGCAGAAAGUUGAAAACCUCUUCAAUGAAAAAUGCGGUGAAGCCCUGGGCCUUAAGCAAGCGGUGAAGGUGCCAUUCGCGCUGUUCGAGUCUUUCCCUGAAGACUUCUACGUGGAGGGCCUGCCCGAGGGCGUGCCAUUCCGGAGGCCGUCCACCUUUGGCAUUCCGAGGCUGGAGAAGAUCCUGCGAAACAAGGCCAAGAUUAAAUUCAUCAUCAAGAAGCCCGAGAUGUUCGAGACGGCCAUCAAGGAGAGCACGUCCUCCAAGAGCCCUCCCCGGAAAAUCAACUCAUCUCCCAACGUCAAUACUACUGCAUCCGGCGUCGAAGACCUUAACAUCAUCCAGGUGACAAUUCCAGAUGAUGAUAACGAAAGACUGUCCAAAGUUGAGAAGGCCAGGCAGCUGAGAGAGCAAGUGAACGACCUCUUCAGCCGGAAGUUCGGGGAGGCGAUCGGCAUGGGCUUCCCUGUGAAAGUUCCCUAUAGGAAAAUCACCAUCAACCCUGGCUGCGUGGUGGUGGACGGCAUGCCCCCCGGGGUGUCGUUCAAAGCCCCCAGUUACCUGGAAAUCAGCUCCAUGAGAAGGAUCUUAGAUUCUGCUGAGUUCAUCAAGUUCACAGUCAUUAGACCAUUCCCAGGCCUGGUGAUUAACAACCAGUUGGUUGAUCAGAAUGAGUCAGAAGGCCCAGUGAUACAAGAAUCAGCUGAGCCCAGCCAGAUGGAAGGUCCAGCAACAGAAGAAAUGAAAGAGACGGAUGGAAACUCUCAGAUCAAACAGGAACCGGACCCCACGUGGUAGACCUCUUUCCCCACUUCCUUCCAGGCUGGCGUCCCCGUGGUUGAGAAGAGCUGCCCGCUGUGUAAUAUACGUGUACAACAGAAACGCCUUCUAUACAAACCUCCUUUUCUACUUUUAGAUAGAGAUGUCUACUUUUUCAGCAGUUCUGUGAAUUGAAUUAAAGAGCAGAGUGACUGUAGAUUUGGAAUGGCUGGCUGACUUUGGAAUGUAUUAUAAGGAUUUUGCAGCAAUGCUGGAAAGACGACAGGGAAAAUGACAGGGACGAUCUCAUCUGAUUUUUUACGUGUUCAGCAGAGCCGCCUCUGGCUGCAGUGUUUUCCAGUCGCGCAAAGACAUCUCCUGGUGCCGCAUCUCAGCUUCUGCCACAAAGAGAAGUCCUGGGAUGUUUGGUUCUUUGGUUUUUCUAUUUGCAGAUCAUUAAGUGAUCCACUGUUCACAGCUGCCCUUGGGGACCGAGUGAACAGCUGGUGUCUGUAUAUGUGACUAGCCUCUUCCUAAGCUAUGUAUCAUGGUUCAUAUGUUCUUACCACAAUGAAAAGAAGACCGUCUGGACUACCGGACAGUCAGUGUCCAGAGACGACCAACAGACAGCCUCUUCCACUCUCACUUUUUGUCCUCACAUACAAAAGGCACCAUGUCCCACGGGCGUCGGUCAGGUAUGAGUACUGGACCAGCUGCCCGAGUGGCACGGGAUUGUUUGGAGCGCUGUUCCGCUCGGGUCAGGGCCAGGGGGUUGUCAUUGCCUUCGUUCUUGUCUGAUCCUGCUUGUAACACUGAGGCCCCACGUGGGGCGAGGGGCCAGCGAGCUCAUUCUGCACCCGGAUCUGCCAGUGCGGGACUUUCACAGAGUUGUACAGAACCAGCUGUCGGAGCUAGAGGGUGCGAUGGCGUAGCGAUUUCGUUAGCUUUAUCACGGUAUCCACGAUGGAGUUCUAUCACCUGGUAGCAGAAUAGGCAUUUCUAUGUGUUGCUUAUAUUUUACCUCGGAUUGUAGAUAUAGGGUAAGAAAUAAAUCCAUCCAUGCCUUUCACACACUCACCAUGUCUUUGUAAGGUGUCUUCAUGAGUAGCUGGGGAGCCUGAGGAGGGGUUGGUGGCUUUACAUGGAUGACACCAUUGUUCCUAGGAUUGGGCCUCUCGCCUCCUACCUGGAAACCAUGCUUCACGAGAAAAUAACGGCGCGCUGCCCUGCUCCCAAGCUGCUACCUGUGUCCCAGCAGGCAAGUCCCUGCCAGACUGUCCCCUUAUCAGCUGGGGUAUGUUUACCAUCCGUGAUGUGACAGAAAGCCAGAGCUAGGUGACAAGGAGCAAAGGUUGAUGGCACCCCAGUUCUGGAGCUUCCAAGCCAUGGUCAGUGCCAGUUGGCCCUGCUGCUUUGGGACUGUACUAGCAGCACCGAGGCGGAGACGGGUGGUAGAGAAGCAAGAGAGAAAGGGACCUGGAGUGUGGAACCCACCCUCCCUAAAGGCUUCAGCGUCCCCCUGAAGCACCAUGGCCUGGGGGCCAGGCCUUCACGUGGGCCCAUGGCACAGCACACAGAUGGCCCUGGAGCAGGGUCAC